CAGCAGCCAUUCGUCGUACUCCUGGGUUCUGUCUACAUACCUAUAUACCUGCGUAGUCGGGUAGCUGUGUCGGUUUAGAUUUCUGCCCUCUCUCCCUUUUAGCUCUGCCGAGCCCUCCCGUCUUUUAUAGAACCAAUAGAUAUUAUUGUUAUAUCGUCAUCAUCUUUAGAGGAUAGGAACACGGUAAUUCCCCAACAUCCGCCAUGCGGUCCCUAUCAUAUUGGGUAUUUCCCGUAGUAUCCGGCCUCAUGUGGCUCGCGACGCUCCUGGGUCUACUGCUGUACUGGGUCGUAAACACCGACCGGGUGAUAUACGCGUCGAUGCAGGACGGCCAGACCUUCGCCUACAUCUCGGACAUCGGCGCCUCCGAGCUCAAGCCGCUGUUCGUUACCGGUUGCAUCAUCACCGCCCUCUUUCUCGACCUCUCUUUCGUCUCCGACCGUCUGCUCCGCCACCGCGGCCGUCUCGUGCCCAACACCUCCCCCGGCGAGAAGGUCCUUGGCUCUCUCGCCAUCGUCUUCGCCAUCAUCGGCACCAUCGGCCUUACCUGCCUCUCUGGCUUUGACACCCUUCGCUACCAGGACCUCCACAACAUCUUCCUCCUCCUCUUCAUCGCUGGGUAUCUGCUCUCCGCUAUCUUUAUCUGUUGGGAGUACCAGCGUCUGGGCAAGAAACACCGGGAGCACCCGCUGCUGCGCAUAUCCUUCUGGGUUAAGCUGGUUUUCGUCAUCGUCGAGCUAGCCCUCGCCGUCGCCUUCGCCGUGUCCAACUUCCGGGGUCACAAGGACACCGCGGCCGCCCUGGAGUGGGUCGUCGCCUUCGUUUUCACCUUCUACGUCUUCUCCUUUGUCAUCGACCUGUACCCCGCCGUCGCCACGCGCAACGCCGCCAACGACCGCCACCACGACCGGCAUUCCUUCGGCUCCUUCGGCUCCUCCGCGCACGCCCAGCAGCGCGAGAUAGACGAGAUCUACUACGCCACGCACCCGACCGUGCCUCAGCCGCAUCACCACCAUCACCACCAGCCGCCGCCGCCGAGCGAUACCCAGGACGGCCAGAGGACGCUCGCCGCGAACGGCCAGAGCAAGGAGGACGCUGCUGCCAACCUCCAGAAGAUGAUGAGGAGAGGCCACGCCGACUUCUAAAUGAGAUGGGGCGGCAGAAGGGGAAGACGCGGGCCCUCACGGACGAGGCGGCGGUAGCUAAUGAGGAAUCUGAUGCAUGAGGACGAACGCCAGGAAGGCAAGCGAGGACGAAUCUGCGAAUCGAGCGCACGGAGAAUGGGUUUGGGCGAGGGACAGGCGCAUGUUACUUACGAUACCAACCGGCGAGAAGGAAUGCUAGAUCUCAUAUACAGCAACCAGAACGGAGACGGCGACGAUAUUGGCAGUUGGCGCGCGUAGUUCAUUUGAGGGAACGGGAGCUUUAUAAUAUAUAUACCCUGGUGUGGUGGCGUUUGGCACGUUCAACUUGGGUGGGCUUGGCUACUUCCUCCCCCCUUUUCCCAAUACCGUAUUUAUCAUAAUAGAAAACGGAGAAGGAGAAGAGUCACGGCAAUAGGCUAGGAUUGGAAGAAAAUAUCGUUGACAUCCUAGCGUAUAGGCCUAUAUGCCCCGAACAUACCACAUGUUCUGCGCCGGUCGCGCAAAGCUCGAGGGACCGUUUUCGAUCUCAAAGUUUACAUUUCGUGUAUUUCCGCCGUCCUCGUAGCUGCGGUGGUGUAUCCUCCUUCGCAGGCGCAACAUGCUUCGAGCUUCCAACUGUGAAAACGUCAAAUAUCUCCCACCAAAGGCGCGGCGAGACCUAGACUCCGGACCUACAUACAACACAACACAGAUCUGUUCGAGCCAAUGAAAAUACCCCGUGAACUUGCCCCCCCC